AUGGAUUCCUCUUUUUGUUCCACCUUAUCGAAUGGAUAUUAUGAAUAUCCCUACGACUGCGGGGCUUAUAUUUGGUGCAAUGAUUCCUGUGCUGAUUUGGAGUACUGCCCCGAUGGAAAACUCUUCAACAGUCCCCUGCACAUAUGCGAUACACCAGAAGCUGUGAAAUGCACUCCUUUGCCAAACCCCGCAAAUCCUUGUAAGGAUGAGUCCAAUCAUACCAUACUUCCUUCUGCUUUGAGCUGUAGCGAGUUUAUCGUGUGCUUAAAUGGACAAAGUGAAGAAAAACAAUGUCCAGGAGAACUGCUUUUCAAUCCGGAUUUAAAAAUUUGCGAUUUUAAAGAUAAUGUCGUGUGUUUUGGUGAUCAAACUACUCAAGAUGAACAUGAAACAACAACAACUACCGAAGAACCCUUCACAGAGUGUGAGGGCCAAAAGCUAGGAGCUAUGUUUCCAGACAUUCGAAAUUGUCAGCAAUAUUAUUACUGCUGGGGCAACGACUCGUACAGUAUUUUUCCAUGUCCCGUUGACAAUUGGUUUAAUCUGAAAAGCGGCAACUGCGGGCCUGAUAUCUCGCCGGAAGCGUGUCGCGAAGUUGUUACCACCAGCCCACCUUUGACAACUGUUGCCACCACAACAACUGUAAGUGACAAGGAGAAUCCCUGCGCAGAUCAGGAACUGGGAGCUAGCUUUCCUUUGCAAUCCGACUGCCAGCAGUACCUGCUUUGCCUCGGUGGCGGUAAAUCAACGACUGCCAAGUGUCCGGUUAAUGCAUGGUUCGAUCCAGAUACCGGUGACUGUGGGCCAAAUGUAUCACCUACCGCUUGCCUUGAUGCCUUCACUACUAGCACCACCGUAACCACAACAAAGAGUUCGGAGGAUGUUUGUGCGGAUCAGGAACUAGGCGCCUCCUAUCCUUUAGUAACGAAUUGUCAGCAAUAUAUACUGUGCAUGGGAGACGGAAAGUCCACGGUGGCCAAUUGUAUAUACAAUGGCUUUUAUGAUCCUCAAACCGGCAAUUGCGGUCCCGAAGUGUCACCAACGGCGUGCAAGGAAACUGGAGUUUCCACUGAAUCGUCGACAAGUGAAGCUUCCACAACGCCUUCUCCCACAACACCUUUACCCACAAUAUCAACAACUUUACCUAUAGAUACCACGACUAAUCCGGCAGAUAUUUUGGGAAUAUGCUCUGGUCAUGGCGAGGAUUACUAUGCCACCUAUCCCGAUGAAUGUAGCAAGUACAUAGCUUGCGCUCAGCCUGUGCCAAUAGCGUUUUACUGCCCGCAAAGUUUGUUCUUCAACGAGGCUCUUCAGAAAUGUGUAGAGUGGGAGUCGAGUGACUGUCCUAAAGGAGAAACCACAACUCUAUCGCCAGGACUAACGACACCAGCGCCGGAGGUUUCGCUCUGCUUUAAUAAUUCCGGCCAAAACUUGCCAUAUCUAGAUAAUUGUCAAUGGUUCAUACGAUGUGUAGACGACUCCUCUUACAUGAUGGGCAUUUGCAGCUUGGGAGAGUUUUUCGAUCCACUGACUGGAGAAUGUGGUUCAGAUGUUUCACCCGAUGCUUGUCGAGAAAACUACAACACCACUACCUCUACCACAUCAGUUACAGAUACCACUGAGAGCUCUACCACUGCAGUUACCCCAAGUACUCCCAGCACAGAAAUCCAUCCAUGCGAAGGCGUGCCAAAUGGAAAGCUAGUUCCCUAUCCGGAUGAUUGCACCAAGUUUAUAGCCUGUGUUCAACCUUACCCUCUGGUCUAUGACUGUGUAGUUGGUCAGGAGUUUAGUGCCGCCUUAGAAAGAUGUAUGGCUCCGUGCUGA